AUGGCGCUCGUCGUCGCCAACGAGACGUACCUCGCGGACCUCAUUUUGCCCUUCGUCGACGUCUUCCAGAUGGGCCGCGUCGAGAUGAUGUCGCGCGCGGGCCGCGGCGCCUGCGAGAUCAUCGCGCUGCGCCUCCAGGAGCCGCGGCCGGGCCGCGCGGGCUGCGGGCCGACGGUGGUGCGGGACGACGAGCCCCAGAGCCACGCCUACCUCUGCCUCUGCCUCUUGAGCCGGCGCGAGGCCGUGCGGAGGGGCCGCGCGCUCGCCGCGGGCCCGUUGCACUCCGUCGUCGCGGACGCGCGCGGCCGCGUCUGGAGCUUCGGCCACGGCGCCCACGGGCGCCUGGGGCUCGGCGGCUCCUGGCUGAGCGCCUGCACGCCGCGGCCCGUGGAGCUGCCGUCGCGGGUGCGCGUCGCGCAGGUCGCCGCGGCGCACCGCCACUCCGUCGCGCUGGACGUCUUAGGGCGGGCCUACACCUGGGGCAGCGACGAGGUGGGCCAGCUCGGCCACGGCGGCGCGCCCCGGGAGCGGGCGGGGCCCCGGGCGCGCACCGCGGAGCCGCGGACCGCCGCGCCGCGGCUCGUGGACCAGCUCUUCUGCGGGAGGGGCCAGCGGUGCGUCGAGGUCGCCGCGGGCGACGAGCACACGCUCUUCCUCGCCUCCGACGGCCGCGUGCGCGCGUCCGGGUCCGCGAGCCGCGCGGGCGUCGGGCCGUCGCUGAGGUACGUCGGCGGGGGCGCCUACGAGAACGAGGCCGCGGGCGCCGGGCCGAUCACCGCGCCGACCUGUGCGCCGACGCUGCUCUGGCGCCUCGCCGACGACGCGGUCAUCGUCAAGGUCGCCGCCUGCGGCGCCCACUCGCUGGCGCUCGACGCCGAGGGCCGCGUCUUCUCCUGGGGCGACGGCGACGGCGGCCGCCUCGGCCACGGCGACGACGCGGGCAAGGCCGAGCCGACGCUGAUCUCCGCGCUCGCGGGGACGCGCGCCACGCACGUGGGCUGCGGCGCGGAGUGCUCCUGCGUCGUCACGGAGGCGCCGGAGCUCUUCUGGUUCGGGGCGGAGAACGGGUUGAGCUACGUCACGGACUUCGUGGAGGCGGAGACGGACGGCUUGUUGUGCUGGCGGCUGCCGACGGCGUGCCCGCGCGCGCUGCCCGACGCGCCGCGGCGGCGGCGCCGCGCGUCGUCGGCGUCGUCCUACCGGUCGUCGCUCGGGUCCCUGGACGCCCUCGACGACGACGGCGACGAGAGCGGCGGCGACGGCGACGGCGACGCCGCGCCGCGGGCGUCGCGGCCCGACGCGCUCGCCGUCGGCGGCGGCCUCGCGGCCGCGGUCGUCAUCGUCGACGGCGCGGCGCACCAGCUCUGCCGCGACGGCACGGGCGCCUUCUCGCGCCGGAGACUGGCGCUGCCGGCGCCCGCCGUCGCCGCCGCCUGCUCCGACGAGCACUACCUCGUCCUCACGGACGACGGCGACGUCCACUCCGCGGGCAACGGCGGCCACGGCCGCCUCGGCCACGGCAGCCACACGUCCAACCAGGACCCGAAGCGCAUCAACGCGCUCAACCGCGACGGCACGCGCGACUGGACCAAGGUCUGCGAGGAGGAUGACGCGGCGGAGGAAGAGGAGGCCGCCUUCCUCGCGACGUUGGGCGCGUCGCUCGACCGCAUCGUCGAGAUCAAGAAGGAGCUCGCGGGCCUGGUGACGGACAAGCGGGGCUAUCCCAUCUAUCCGACGUCGGAGAAGGCGCUCCUCGACGAGUGGGAGGCCCUGGCCUCGGACGCGCUCGACGCGCUGGAGCCGCGCCUCUGCGACUCCAAGUUCGAGCAGAGCGUCGCCCAGUUCUGCGAGCUCCGCGCGAGCUGCCGCGUGCGUCUCGGCCGGGCCGACAAGAAGUGGGGCCUCAUGCGCGCGCGCGGCCUGCCGCCGGGCACCGUCGACCAGGCGCCCGCGCUCGCGCUGCUCGCGGACGUCGAGGCGGACCUCGACCGCGCCGACGGCAUCGCCUGCACGAACCAGGACCGGAGCCUGCUCGUGCGGAUCUUACGGACGCGGAAGCAGGUCUACGAGGUGCUCCAGUGGGACCACGCGCAGAGCAAGGACCGCCUCGUGACGACGAUGAUGCGGCUCGCCGAGGCGAGCCGCGAGGCCGACGGCGGCGCCGUCGACGCCAAGUACGAGGACGUCGUCGCGUUCAUGGUCCAGCUCGAGCGGCGCGUCGUGCUCGACGCGCGGCCCAUCCGCGACUGGUGCUCCAACGACUGGCUCGCGCGCCACUUCCGGCCGCGCGCGUCGCAGACGCAGUGGUACGCGGCCUACUGGAAGCACUACAGGUGGCUCCGGCAGUACAAGCACCUGUCGCGCGAGGACUGGUCGCGGGGCCGGGGCAUGGUCGCGUCCUUCGGCAAGGCGGAGAAGGACGACGGCGACGACGACCCCAUGGGCGAGUACUUUCCCGACCGGCGGCCCAUGAUGCUCGCGUGCUGCGCGCUGGGUUUGGCGAACCACGGCGACACGACGUGGGCCCGCGAGGGCGAGGCGUCGGAGAUCUACGCCGAGGCCGCGGCGCUCCUCGCGGUCGUCAACGAGGCGCCCUACGGCAACUGCGGCGCCCUCGCGGGGCUCGCGGCCGACGCGGCGCUCGUCGCGCCCGCGGGCCACGAGGCCGGCGGCUGGCAGCGCCUCCUCUGGCUCCGCGCGCGGCUGCUGGAGGUCAAGGCCGCCGUCGAGGGCCUCAAGGCCCACAAGCACGCCGACGCCAAGGCCCUCGACGACGACUGGGUCGCGAAGAUCAACGUCGCCGCGCACCGCCUCGAGGCGCGGUCGAAGAUCGCGCGCGUGACGCCGCGCGUCGUCCCGCCGCCCCGCGCCGACGGCGCGGCGGAGGCGCCCUUCCGCCGGGGCUUCCUCGCGAACGCGAAGACGCGGCCCCGGCGCGCGCCCCACGACCCGACGGCCGCGCGGCCCAAGCCCGCGCGCGUCGCGAAGAAGCCCGCGCCGGUCCCGAAGCCGCGCGCGACGAAGGCGGAGGAUCCGACGCUCGGCUGGGGCAACGUCGAGGAGCUGCCCGUCGAGGAUCCCUACGCCGCGCCGCCGCCGAAGCCCCGGGACACGGGCAGCGGCGGCCUCUUCGGCGCGAGGAAGGGCUUCCUGGAGCCCAAGAGCUACGAGGCGCGCGUCCGCCGCGCGCCCGCGGCGCCGUCGCCGCGCGAGGCCGCGGCGCCCCCACCGCCGAAGCCGAGGCCCCGGGCGCCGCCGCCGCCGAUCCCGCGGCCCGGCCGCGAGCUCAAGGUGCGGUCGCUGAGCCCCUGCUACGAGGUCUGCGAGAUCUGCACGUGGACCGAGGGCGGCAUCGUGAGCCGGAGCCAGGGCAACGUCGUCGCCGCGCUCGGCGGGCCGUCGGGCCACGCGCUGCCCGCGGACGACAGGUCCGUCGGCGCCGUGUCCUGGGCGAUGAUGUUGCCGUGGCCCUCGGGCUUGGCCACGGCCGUCUUGAUCGACGGCUUGAACGGCGCGGGCUCCGUCGUCGUCGUCAUGCCCACCGCGCCGCCCUCCAUGGCGUCGGGCUGCGCCUCGAAGUGCUUCUUCGACGGCUGGGCCGGCGUCGGCGGGCCGCCCGUGCCGUCGAUGAGCAUCUCCAUCUGCGUGUCCUCCGCGGGGAAGUGCCCGCGCGUCGACGACGUGACCUCCGCCGGGGACGUCGAGCCGGAGAGCAGGCCCGCCAUGGCGUCCUGGCGCUGGUCGCAGAAGUUCGCCAUCGCCGCGACGAGCGCGUCGACGUCCGCGGCGCGGCGGGGCUCGGCGCCGCGCGGCGCGACGGCGCGCCAGGGCGCGGCGACGGCGUCGAAGGCCGGCGGCGCCAGCGCGACGGCGCGGCCGAGCUCGAGCGUGCGCCGCGGGUGCGCAAUGGACCUAGGGGGGGACGGCGUCCGCGCUUUUCGACGAGCGCGAGACGCCGCGCGUCCGCACGCGACGUCGGCGACGUAG